AUCAAAUUCUAUUAGCAAAAAUGAUUGAUUUGAUCAAUUUAUAGUCAGGACUUGUAAUACCUGCUCCAACACAAGAAUUCCAAAAUAGAAGCUUUUUAUUGAGGCAAUAAUUGGGAAAAGGAGCAGAAGGAUAAGUAUUUUUAGCUAAGCCGUAAAAUUGGAAUAUAGAUUUUGAAGUUGCUUUAAAAUUUUCAAAGCCACUUAAAUAAACAGAAAGAGAUUUCAUCCAAUAAUUGAUAGAGGUUUAGAAUGAAAACGAUAAACAGGGAUCCAAAAACUACAUAUGUUCUAACAUUAUAAGAAUAUACGAAAUUUUUUUACACUUAAAUUAUAGUGUUUAGGUGAUGGAAGUAGGCAGUGUUAAUCUUUUUAAAUAUACGGCACUGAAUCACAAUAAACUGACUAAUCUUGAGAAAUUUAAAAUUUGCUUAUAAGUAUUUAAUGUAAUGAUUUUAGCUAAUAAAUGCAAUUAAUUAUAUCCAUAUGCUAGGAUUGAUACAUAGAGAUGUAAAAGGAGAAAACUUUAUUUUAGUAAAGGAAGAAUUCAAACUCAUAGACUUUGGAUUAAUCAGUGUAAAUGAAAGGUUGAUGACUUCGAAACCAGGUACUCGUAUAUUUUAAGCUCCUGAAUUGUUUGAAGAUGAAGGCAAAUACACAUAAUCAUUAGAUACAUGGUCACUUGGAUGUGUGUUUUAUGAAAUUAUUAAGGGGGAAGAACUAUUCCCAUGUAUGUAUAUGAAUUCAUCAAUCUAAUAAAUCAAAAAUCAUAAAACAAAUUAAAGCCAUGUUUAUUCACUGAUUGAUAACCUGAAAGUAUGUAAAGAAUGGAAGGAUUUACUUAAAUAAAUGCUGCAUCCCAAUUAAUUUAAUAGAAUUAACAUAGCUUAUGCUAUAACAAUAGUAAAAUAGUGCAUUGCUAAUGAAGAGAAUUCUAGUGGUUCAAUAGAAUUGAAGGGAAGUAAGUAACAAUUAAAACUUGAUUCGAAUUAAAGCAAAUAUGAAUUUGAAUUAUAAUUGAAUUAGAAAUAAAAUGAAUUCAAUAAGAUUCUUAGAGAAAAGGAAUAAAUAAUUUAAUAAUUAGAACAUAAUCUAAAAAAGAAAGAAAAUGAGGGUAAUUAAAACCUAGAGGAAAUUGAAUCAUUAACAACAAAAUUUAAUAAAUUGGAGUUAGAAAAGAAUAGAUUGGAAUAAGAAAAGAAAAAAAAUGAUGAAUCAUUUUAACAAUAAUGUUAACAGUAUGCUCAACAAUGUUAAAAUCAUCUAAAUUAUUAAUUAAAUUAGCAAGCCUCAUAAUUUAACUAAUAAAAACAGAUUUAUGAAAAUGAUAUAAAAAAUCUAAAAAUUAGAAUUUAGAAUUUGGAAUUAGAAAACAGCUCAUUAUUAAAGAAGCUCAAUUAAACUAAAGAGGAGGAGAAUACAAAACAUAAAGUAAUAGAUAUUAGCAAAGAGAUGAUGUUUUUGGAUAAACUAAUUGGAGACUUAAAUAAUGAGAUUUCAAACCUAGAAAAAUCAUUAGAGAGCUUCAAAAGCAUUUAAUAAUUACUAUCAACCAAUAAUAUAUAGGUUAAUUCUUAGAUUUAAGAAAUAGAAUAGUUUAUUACACAAAAAAAGAAGAGUGUAUAAAAUUAUGAAAAAAUUAAAUUAGAAAUUUAAAACCAAGAUCCAACUCAAUAGAAGUUAUAGACAGAUAUAAUUAAAAAUACUGUUGAUAUUAAUUAAUCGCAAGAUAAAGUACUCCCUCAAUAGAUACAAGGCACGCUUUAAAUGACUUAAAGUAUUAAUUCUAACUGAAAAUAGGCAUGUAAUCCUUAAUACAAACUCCAACCUUAUUCAAACCGCAAUUAAAUUCGUAGAUAAUGGCACCUCCGUUUAUAAAUCCAAUUUCUAUUAGCUUCCCCAAUAAAAGCACCAACAUAAAGAAUUAAAUACUUUGA